GGUCGCUAAGCAACAUUGGUUGUUAUCUCAAAAAUAAAAACAACAAAACAGUUGGACUACUCGUGUUGGGAAACUUUGACAAGGAAAGUCCAGCUGAAAGUAUACGUUUUUAAAGAGAUGUCAGAGAAAAUGAUGACACCUCCAGUCCUUCCUGUUGAUGGCCCUCAACAGAUCAAACUGAUGACUAAAUGCACGGAUCUCUUUAGUGUGUCCCGCUCUGAAACAGACACAGAUGGGGACAGUGAGUGUGAACCCGAUAAUGACUCAGACACUUCAUCAGAGGAACAACACCUGGAACAACAGCAGUUCCACAUGAGCUCUGAUACCCAUCCACAGGAGUCACACAGCCCUCAAACACAGCCCAAAACUAAUGGAGACCUCCACAUACACACAGUCCUAGACUGUGGCUUUGAGGUUAUGACAUGUCAGUUCAGUGAGGAUGGGUCCAUGCUGGCUGCUGGUCUCAAUGACGGAUCCAUCAAGGUGUAUGGCACAGAUAGUGGAGAACUGAUCCAGACCUUAAAGGACAACAGCAGCUCAUUGUUUUCAAUGCCUGUGACUGCCCUACGCUUUAUUGUCAUUGGUCAGUCACACUGCCAAAUAUUGGCCACCUAUGCCAGUGGUGAUGUGUGCUGCUGGUAUGUGUGGGGAGGACAGAAGCUGUGGGAGUCGAAUGAAGCAAGUGAAGCAGGAGUGCAGAGACAGACUCUCUCUCUGUCUGUCUCUCUAUCAGGAGAACAGGCUCUGACCGGUGGCUCAGACUCUGUCAUCCAUCUGUAUGACCUCACCACUCACCAGAGACUGCAAAGCUUCAGUGCCAGCUCCUCAAGAACAGUGAUGGAUGGCCAUCGGUUUCGAGUGUUUGCUGUGACGUUUCACCCGGAAAGUGUGAGAGAGUUCAUCUCAGGAGGAUGGGACAACACCAUACAGGCAAACAAUCAUUUCUCGUGCAAUAAUUCUUCUCAAAUUCACUCUAUUCAUAGUAUGUCAAAUACAAAAUUGAGUAUUUGAAAAUGGGAACAAACUCUGGAUAUGUUUGUAUUAAUUUCAUAUAAUUAUUUCUAUUCAUUUCCAUGUAUAGUUUUGGGAUACUAGACAGCAGAACUCGAUCAGGUCUCUCUGAAGUUUAAUAUUGACAAAUAUUGCUUAAUAGGUAUAUGCUCUAUAAUCAUUAUAAUAAUAUAUUUAUUGCAUGAAUUGUUUUUUUGUCAGAAUGAUCUCUGGCCCUCAUGUGUGUGGUGAUGCCCUUCAGAUCGAUCCAAUAGCCAAUCAGAUUCUCACAGGAUCUUGGAGGAAAUAUAACACACUAGAAGUGUGGGACUACAGUUCUGGGCAGAGAGUAUGCAAAGUGCCUCAUGACCAUCAUGGAGAGAGCAGGAUCUACACAUGUCACUGGUUUGGACAGGAGCACAUAGUUGCGGCCGGGAGUCAGCCAAACAUGCUGAGAGUCAUUCGCCGAAAGACUUUUACUACGGAAUCCUGUUUGUUUGGUUUGUCCUCGGCGGUCUUCAGUUCUUCAGUGUGUCCUUCAGGAAAGUGGAUGGGUCUAAUAGCGGCGAGCUCUGGGAACAAAGUGUUUUUGCUGGACAGAGGAUGGCGUGCCAGGAAAGACAUUGCGUGAAUGCAGGGUGUGUAAAAAAGAGAGGGUAAAAGGCAAACAGCAUAUAACCGCAGUUUUAGCAUCUCAGCUCAAUAUUUUUUUUUUUAAUGUCUCUGUUUUAUUUUUCAUUCAUAUUUAUUUUUAUAACUGAAGAAUUCACAUGUCAUGAUGCUCAUUGUUCACCGAUUCAUUCAUGUUUGUCUUAGGCCUUAAAUGACAUAUGCAUUACAGUUUUUCACUUACCAUUUACACAAUACAACUCUUUCUAUUCAGCAAACAAUUGCAAAAAACUGAAUACUGUUCCAAAAGAAAUAUGCAUUUCCCAAGUAAAUAAAAAUUGUAACCCUACAAUUCGUGGAUUUUUGCUGCUUAUGCAAUUUAAGGGGAUAGUUUACCCAAAAAUGAAAAUUCUCUCAUCAUUUACUCACCCUCAUGCCAUCCCAGAUGUGUGUGACUUUCUUUCUUCUGCAGAACACAAAUUAAGAUUUUUAGAAGAAUAUUUCAGCUCUGUUGGUCCAAUUGAACAAUUCAAGUGAAUGUGACCAGUGCCCGGUUGCAUAAAACACAUUAAGUUCCCCGUCUGUCGCUCACUCGACAUUGUGUCGAAUUAAGCGACACUAGAGGUCUUCCUUGAAGGCCUCGGUUACCUCUGAACUUGAGAAAAGGCCAAUGAGAAAUUAACCCCCGGACAUGCGGGUAUAAAAGGAAGGAAUCGUGCGUCUGUCCAUUCAGAGUUUUUCUUCGGAGCCGAGCGGUUGUGUGUUCAGCAAGUUGGUGGUCCACUACUGUUCCACUCGCCUCUCAGAGCAUUGCUGUUGGAUCCUAUGGUGCAUUACCAGCGGCUUUCUCCCUUCUCUGCACGCCGGGCAGUCAACAC